AUGAAGAGGACUCGUAGAGGUACUACUGAGGCUUCAUCAUCCCGACCUAAUAGACACCGUCCCAUGGCCUCAACGAGAAGACACAGAGCGGCUCCUCAAUAUCACUUUGAGGAUACUACAAAGGUUGAAGAUGUAGUUCCUACUCAUAAUAGUAAUGUUGAUGCAGAGGUUGAAGAUGUAGCUGCUACUCAGGAUAGUAAUGUUGAGCAGCUGCAAUUUGGAAUAACCAGGAACGUGAGUCCCUUAGGUGCAUGUCGAAAACAUCUACCCUUCGCGAGUGGAAUUGGUGGGAGGUCUGGAUUAGAGCAACUUAUUAGGUGUUCUUAUCGGAAUGCUGAUAAGAUUGUGGUAUCUACAUUUGUUGAGAGGUGGCAUCCCGAAACGAACACCUUUCACAUGCCUUUUGGUGAGAUGACCAUCACAUUGGAUGAUGUGUCAUCUCUUUUAGGCAUUCUUGUGUCUGGUGCAGCAGUUGCUCCUCUUGGAGAUGACGACGACACAAAUUUUGAGUUGUUAGUUAAGUACUUAUUAGUGACUGAUGAAGAGGCUACUGAACAAUUGCACCAAUACAGUGAUGAGUAUGUGAGUUUGUCAUGGUUACGGGCGCGAUUCUCCAAUGUUUCAGACACAUUUUCCUUGUUCACAAGCCCAUCGAAAUAA